AUGUCGCUCGUCGUUGACCCGGACUACAUCAUCCACUCGCUCAGGCUGGCAUACCUCCGACGCAUCGACGACCACCACGGCCCGCGCAUCAUCACGCUCCCAUCCCACAACCCAGACGCCACUCACCGCCUACCACCAUCGCACAACCCUUCUACCUCGUCCUCGUCCUCGUCCAACCUCGCCGCCCAGCUCCACCGCCCGACCUACUCGACCACCUCCGCCUACCUCGGCCCCGCCCCCUUUCACCAGCCCCACGCCGUAGACACCCACGUCGCCCUCGCAGGACUCGCAGACUCGACCCUCCAUCCACAGAUCCUAUCCCUACACUCGCCCCUCCCCGAAGGUGGAAGCGCAAACGCAACAAUCCCCGCCACCUCGUCGGCCUCGGACCUCGAAUCCUCUCCCCUCGCCCAAGAUGCAACCAGGAACAGACACGCAAAGAUCGGGUCGGGCCUACGCUACACCUCGACCAUCUACGGACCCGGCAGAUCCGGCGCCCUCGGUAUGCGCGUAGACGGAAGGCGCCACAGCAAACAUCCAUCACAAGCCGCCACCAGAUCCGCCACGCCCGCAACUCCGGCGACUCCCUCGGCGGCAGCAGCGACGGCGUCAGCUUCAGCCUCGGUUCCGGACGCCUCGCAAGACGUCCUCUCGAGGCCCGAGUCGCUGCGAGAGGAUCCCCAGACGGCCCCGCUCGACCACGACGCCUUCAGCCCCCCACCACCACCCCAACUCAGCCUGCCCGACGAGCCAGAUUCCUCGGCCGACACCCUGGCAGCAAACGGUACCGCCGCAGGCGAAAGCAGCAGCAGCGGCGGCGGCGGGGCCCGUCACCCCAUGACCGGCCCACCGCCCAAGCCAUCCCCGCUCUCCACUUUGUCGAGCGCAGAGCAGGCCGAUGAGCCUCCACCGGUCGCGGAUCCGGCUCCAGCUUCGACAGCGGUAGCUACAGCACCGAGGACGACGGCGCUGGCAUCCGACCCGGGCGACGACGCAUUCGCAGCGUUUCAGCCAAUUCGUAGCGCCGAGCAGCCCUCGUCAUCGUCCUAUGCCGAGAGCUCCACCGACUCCAACAUCCUCCCGUCGAGCAUCGGGUCGCCAGAUUACCUGCGCGCAGGAAGCAUCGAGCUGCCCUCGAUUCCCGCCGUACAAGACUCGAUGGUCAAGUCUCCCAUACCGCCCGGGCUCCAAGCGUCGUCGCCGUCGAGCAUGGCCGAGGAGCACGACCUCCUCGACCGCCAGGGCGCCACGGCCAGGCCUUCGCCCGUCCAUGCCCGCCGCAUGCCGCCGUCUGAUGGGGCGGGACCGAGCUCAUCAUCACCAUCAGACGUUGCCGGGCCGGCUGUCGACGGCGAAGCGAGCACCGCGCCGACCCAGGGCCAACAGAGACCCAAGAAGCAGCGUUCGGCCAAGCUGCGCGACCGUUCUCGGCUCCAGCAACAGCAGCAACACCAGCAGCAGCAGGAGCAGGCCCGCAACGAGUUUUUCGCCUCGCUCAAGGCAUCGCCAGAGACUGUGGCCAAGCGCCACGCAGCCAUUCCAAAGACGUCGGCGCUCUCGACGCUGCUCCACAAGCAGGAAGCCAGCAGCGAGAACCCGUUCGCCGCCUUCUACGCGGGCAUCGCCGGUCGGUCCGGCACGGCGCCCAGCAUGAACGUCGACAUCUACUUUCCCUGGGCCCAGACGGCCUCGACGUCGGCGGCCGCGCAAAAGAGCGGUGCGGUGAGGACCGACGGCAAGGCCAAGAGCAUGACUCUCAACGUGCGGCGCGACGCCACCAUGGAGGAACUGAUCGGCUACGGCCUUUACUGCUACGCCGAGGAGGGGUGGAAGCCGGAGCUGGACGCGGGCGGGCUGUCGGACGACGAGCAGCAGACGCGCCUGUCGACGAUCGGCUGGACGCUGCGCAUCGUCGAGGACGGCGAGGUGGACGAAGAUUUUCCCGCCAUCGAUCGCAACCUCACGCUGUCCAAAUUCGGCGGCGACGAGUUUGCCAUUGUCGAGGCGACGGCGGCGCAGGUCAAGCAGCACAAGGAGGCCUACGGCGCCAUCCUGCGGCGCGCCAGCCGCGUCGCGACGCCGGCCCGGCCCGACAAGGCUGCUGACGGCGCAGCGGGCGGAGCCACACCCACGGGUGGCGCCACGGCGCCAGCGAUGGCAACGGCGGGCACAGCGGCGGCUACGGCAGCGGCAGCGGCAGCGGCAGCAGCAGCAGGAGCGGGAGGAGCCGGUCGUCUUGCCGUUCCGCAGGCGGGUGCGCACGCCGGAUCGAUGAUCAGCGUGCAGGGGACGCCCAUCUUUGCGACGGGCGCCCUGUCGCGCUCGGCCAUGGGGCCGUCGUCGACGUCGAUCUUCCUGCGCGUGCUGGUGACGCCCAACCCCGAGGUGCGGUACAAGACGACGCUGCAGGUGCCGUCGGACAUGUACCUGGCCGACGUGCUCGAGAUGAUCUGCCGGAAGCGGCACCUGGAAAACGUCGACGAGUGGGCGCUCGUGGUGCCGGACAAGUCGAUUGUCGUGCCGCUGGAUCGGACCGUCGAGAGCCUGCAGGGCAACCACGACCUGGCGCUGGUGCGACGCUCGACACUGGGCCUCGAGGCCGGGUCGGGUGCGCUCUCGACGCAGUCCUCGAAUCCGAACGCGUCGAUCUUCAAGCGCUUCUCGACGGAGCCGAGCCACCCAAAGUACACAAAGGCGCUCGACGUGACGGCGAGCUACAAGACGUUUACCGUGUACCGCAAGACGCCCAUGUUUGUGGCUGCGCGGCACGAGCGGAGCCUGACGCUCGACGGGGACUGGGUCCACAUCAUGCCCGUCGACAUGCGCACCUUUCAAAAGGCGGCCAGCUUCCACAUCUCGCACGUCGUCGCGUGCAAGGUGUCGGAGCGCGCCCCGGGAUCGUUUAAGCUGGUCGUGUGGCGAGAGAGCCCAAAGGAGGUCAAGCGGUACGAUUUCGAGGCAGAGUCGCCGAGGGCGGCGGCCGAGGUCGUAAAGGAGAUCAAUGCGCUCAAGAGUCAGGUUGCUUAG